UAACUCCACUCCAAUAGUUUACUACAAUAUUUCAGGAUUGUAUUAUGAGAGCCAGAGUCCCACCAUUGACUACUCGACAGUUUCAACAGUGUUUUUCAAUUCCCCUUGGGUCUCUGUGUGUGGGGACUGAACUAAAUGCGUAUCCCUCGUAGUCUACAGAAGGCCAGGCUACGGCGCAGACUCAAGACGACGCAUUCCUUCGACUCUUCACUUUCUCAGCUGACGCGACGGCGACGGUUUCUGACCUGAAGCAAGGUGACAUUAGGAGCAUUAGCCCGGAUAAUAUCUUAAUAAUACCGACACAGACCAACCAUUUGCAACGCUGCAAAGUGCGCACUUGCUGUCACAUCCGGACGAAUCAUAACGUCAGGACCGCGCAUUGCGAAACCCAGUGGUUGGUGUGCGUCCCUAAAAAGCCAAGAGGACGACAUGUAUAGGCCUAAUCUUUGAACGUCCCGGGCAUAUCCGUUACCGAGAUGAAUUAGACACAGGAUUAAGGUUUCGGUUCUGGCAGUUUGCCGCGCGGUUUGGUGUUUAACAACGCUCCGUGGUUUCUAAAAGCACGGAAAGAAGGAAGGGCUUUCUGUCUUUGCUACAAUGUUAGGUUACCGUCGCCUCCUGGUUUCUUGACGAUAAAUAAACAACUAUUUACAACCAAUUACGGAAUAAAAACGUAUGUUAAAGCUUUGAGAUUCUGUACAGCAUGACCGCGAAUGGAAACGGGCGUCACGGGGAGCGCGUUGUGAGGUCCACCGCUGGAUUGUUUUUAAUCAGCACAUCUGUUUCUGUCCUUCUCCCUAGAGAUUUACUGACUGGCUGACAGCGUGAGUAGCCUGACUAUUAAUAAACAUUUUUUAUCCUGAUUUGGACAUCCGGACGCCGAUGACUCUAUAGGCUAUUCCAACGGGAUCUAACCGACGCAGGCAACCGUCACCACGCAUGGGGCAGCCGGGGGCUCGGAUCCCCCGGGGCUGGAGGACCCAAGCCCGCUGCCAGGAGGAUGUCGACCCGGAGAGGGAGAAGCAAUGGGUGGAACUGUUCGACGAACUGGACAUGAACAGUGAUGGAGUCAUCGAUAUCCACGAGCUCCGGGUGGGACUGGCGAAACGGGGGCUCUCCCGCCGCGCGGUGGACCGGGUAAGCGAGCCCAGGCAGCAACUCGGCUGUCAUUCGAUUGUCAAGGAGGGGGACAGCAACAAUGAUGGGGAGUUGGACUUCCAGGAGUUCAGGCAAUACCUCCGCUCCCACGAGAAGGAGCUCCGACUCAUGUUCCGCAGCCUGGACCGCAACAAUGACGGUGAGAUAGAUGUAUCAGAGAUCCAGCAGUCCCUUCAAACUCUGGGAAUAGCUGUUAGUCUGAAGGAGGCUGCCAAGAUCAUGAAGAGUAUGGACAGGGAUGGUAACAUGACCAUCGACUGGGAUGAGUGGCGAGAUCACUUCCUGUUUAACCCCAUACACAGUCUGGAAGACAUCUCUCGCUACUGGAAACACUCUCAUAUGCUGGACAUAGGAGACAACCUGACCUGUCCUGAUGAGUUCUCUGAGCAGGAGAAGAAGUCAGGCUUCGUCUGGAGACAGCUGAUGGCUGGAGCUAUGGCAGGAUCAGUCUCCCGGACUGGCACCGCCCCACUGGACCGCCUUAAAGUCUUCCUGCAGGUGCAUGGCUCGACCCCGGGGAACCCCGCAGGGGCCCUUGGGGUGGGGAACAUGAUCAGUGGGCUGAGGGCCAUGGUGAAGGAGGGGGGGUUCAGUUCCCUGUGGAGGGGCAACGGGGUCAACGUCCUGAAGAUCGCCCCAGAGACCGCCAUCAAGUUCUGGGCCUACGAACAGAUCAAGAGGUGGAUGCGUGGCAGUAAGGAGAGAGGACCUCUGAAGGUUCAUGAGAGGUUUGUAGCUGGAUCAUUAGCAGGAGCUACCGCUCAGACAGCCAUCUACCCUAUGGAGGUCCUGAAGACUCGUCUGACCCUGGGGAAGACAGGCCAGUACUCCAGUGUGUUAGACUGUGCCAGACAGAUCCUUCACAGGGAGGGCAUCAUGGCCUUCUAUAAAGGAUACGUACCCAACAUCAUAGGCAUCAUACCCUACGCUGGCAUUGACCUCGCCGUCUACGAGACUAUGAAGAAUGCGUGGCUAGCGAGGCACACUGAUUCAGCAGACCCAGGUGUUUUAGUGUUGGUGGGUUGUGGUACCAUGUCCAGUACCUGUGGUCAACUAGCCAGCUACCCUCUGGCUCUGGUCAGGACACGCAUGCAGGCACAGGCCUCUGUGAAGGGCGGCCCUCAGCUCUCCAUGCUAGGUCUGUUCCAGAACAUUGUGACCCAGGAGGGCGUGGCCGGCCUCUACCGCGGCAUUGCCCCCAACUUCCUGAAAGUCAUCCCCGCCGUCAGCAUCUCCUACGUGGUCUAUGAACACAUGAGGUGGAGAAUAGAGAAGUCUUUGGGAUAGGAUGACAUCAUCUCCAUGUUGUGUGGUUGGUUGGUCCUGAAGUAGGAAGUGAUACGCCACUGGAACCAUGGAACCACCAGGACUUCUAGAACUUUUCAUAUUGGAACCAGGGUGACUUGAGAACUUUUCACAAUGAAGAAGGACCAGUAGCAAUCUGCCUCCCAUGGCUCAUCCUAGGAGAAAAGAAGAGAAGAGGUGUGGAAGACUUGCUCUCGAUUAUCUGAAAGGAUUGGGAUGUGCUUGUGGACAAAGGAUUUUUAAAAAGUGACAUAUCUUUUGAAGUUAUAAUCUCUCAUGGACAGACUGCCUACAAGAUUAUUGAAGUUAUAAUGCUGUGGGGACAUUUUAGACAGCCGGAUGAGAAACAAACACAUUAAACCUUGUACUGUAUUUAGGGUUGUCAAAAUGUCAGUAACUUUCCCCAAAUUCCCUGGUUUUCCAGAAAUCCUGGUUGGAAUUUUCCUGAAAUCAGAUUGGAAUAAGCACAAAAUCGGGAAGGUUGGGGAAAAUUACUGGAUUUUGCAACCCUUUAUUGAAACUUGAGUUUUUUCUGAAUCCCAGUUACUGUUAAGCUUAUUUUCCAGCAUGGUACGUUUCAACAAAGAGUUUUAUCAAGAGUUUUAUCAAAGUAUGUAAAUAGUUAGAGAUGCAUGGUUUAAUCGAGUGCUAAAGCCAAUAGAACACAGCCACACGCUGAUGUCAUCACGAUUAUGAUAUGACUCGAAGGUGGUCCCCCUGUUAUGUGUGUGUCAGUGUGUGUGUGUGUGUGUGUGUACAGCGAGUGUGUGUGAUUUUUGCAGUAUUAUAAAACUCCAGAAUGCCAAAUCAACCAAACAAGAUUGUGUUCUCUUUUCCCCUUCUGUAUAACUUCCAUAUCACUACUGUGUAUUUAUUUAUUGGGUGUAUGUGUAUGAGGUUUUAACAUAACAAUGACUUCAAUAUGAGUCCAAUGACUUCAAUAUGUUCAUGAUUAUUACUUGUGAGGUGAUUAUGAGUUGAUGACUACGGCUGCGUCCCAAAUAGCUCCCUAUUCAGUGCACUGAAAAGUAGUGCACUAUAUAGGGAAUAGGGUGCUAUUUGUGCAGCCUACUAGAUGUGGUGUUUUUGGGGGGGGGUUUUCUGUUCUGAGUAUUGUGAAUGGGGGAAAUAUGCCAUGCAUAUGAGUGCCUUGAAUUAAAGUAAUGCUAUGGUGAGCUUUCAUCAGAAGAAAA